AUGGGCUGUUUUGAAGACGACAUGGACCCGAGGAUAACACCCGGCAGUGCGUCUACUGCCUCGGGGUACAGUCUCCGCUCAAAGGGCUCCAGUGCAAAGAUCAGCCCUUUCUGUCCUCGCUCCUCCAGCAAACUGACCCAGUCCAUCGUCAGGGAUCACAUGAUUUCUCAUUACAAGAAGGUUUACUCAGCCAAAGCUGCCAUUGACACCUCUGUGCCCAAAAGUCUGCUCUACUGCGUCAAGUACAAUGACCAGCUGAGAGGAAGAGGAGCUCAGAGCAGCGUCAGACCUCAGUCGGCCCACGUCCGGUCCCACCGCAGCAGAGCCUCCUGCUCCCCUGCACAGAGCAGAAUGUCUCUCCAAUACGAGCACAGUCCUUACCUGUUCUCCGGCAGCUCCUUGGCCUCCACCCCUCGGCCAUCCACCUCCUUCCACCCCAACAGCACCGUGUACCCAUCCUACAGAGCAGGGCAGAAGCAGAGGCCGUGUUCCGGCAGCAGACACGCAGCAUCGGCCUACUCUGAACACGGCGGCGGGGACCAGACCUUCAAAGCCUUCCAGGACCCCGCACAGAAGACGUACUGUGGAGACCUGUUGGAGAAACACGCCCAGAGGUUCACCCAGGACAAGCCCUUCACGCCCAAGACCCUCAAGUCUGACAAGAGCUCAUACUUGUCCCAGUACAGAUACUACAGAGCCCCCCCUCACCCCAGACUCCCACACAACAGCACAAGUGGCAGAAAAAUCACUCAGGACAUGGAGGAAAAAUCUCAGGGAUUCAGCACAGGCCGCGAGCUCUCCGAAGAUUACUUGAACCACUCGCACUUAUCUUCCAGCAGAGAUCGCGAUCGGAGACACAAGCCGCACAGAGUUGCAUAUGAAAGAACAAAGUCGCCGCCCUCUCGGAGCGUGGAUGCAGAAGAGGAGGAGCUCCGGUACCUGGAGUUUAUCACGGCCGUCACAGACGACAUCCUGUCCAGAGGAUUCAUCACAGACAGCGUCGUGGAGCGAGUCAUCAAUCGCCACAUCGACUCCAACCGGUAUCAGCUCAACGAGAGUAAGAUGCGGCAUCUUUUGGAAGCGCUGCGCAAAGACUUAAAAGAGCCGUCCCAUUCCCCCAUCAGCACUUUGAAUUUUGAGGCACGUCCCGAGCGGCUGGUCAACGGCUCAACGCGAGACAUGGAUCAGGCUGAGGUGGAAGAGGAACCCUUUUCUGCUGUCAGGACGUCUGAUCCCGAAGAGUACACCAGCCCCUCGCUCACCUCAGUGGACAAAUCAGAAGCGGAACGGACUUUUGUCGUGGAGGAAGUCGACUUGAGUGAAGAAAAAGGCAGGAUUUCGUCGCAUCUGAGCAACCAGUCCGAGGGCAGCGAGACUCCCGUGAAACAGCGACCCACUGUGGCCGACUUGGGAAAAGCCUUGGAGUCGUUGACCGUGUCGGAACAUUCUGACUGUGGUAAAGAAGAGCCGCUGACUUCAACUGCAAGUGAUGACGACUUUUAG